AUGGCGGUCCCUCGGGCGGCCUGGGAAGGCGGCGCGCGGGAGUUCGCCAUGCUUCAGGCUGCCAUGUCCGACGCGGCCAUUGUUUGCCAUGCGCCCCCCGAUUUUCCCUUCAAUGCUGAGAUCCUGGGCGUUUGCGCCGUCUCGACCGAGAAUGCCGACCAGAACAAAUAUGGCUGGAUGGUAGCCGACUUCCUGCACUGGAAGCUGCUCUUCCACGGAACGUGGCUCAGCACGAUCGACAUUCCCAGCUUCCUGGCCAGUGUGGAUGGCGUCGACAUGAUUAACGAUGGAACAAUCGACAGCAUCGUUGGUGCCCAAAAGAAGGACGUCAUCAGUCUCCCGGGCAGCAACCACGGUUUUCUGACUGCUUUCCUGGACCGGCUCGCUGAGGCGGCUCGGGUCGCGUGUUCGAGAAGAACGACCUUGGUCCUCCUGGUCUUCUCCCCUAUUACCCCGGAGCAAGACAUCUGCGUUGACCUCGGUGGCGAGAAGACUUAUCUGACAAGCGAUCAACUUCGCAUGACGAUCGACGAAGCCAUUCCGAGUGACGUUCAGCUUCCUGUCAUCCUCGUCACGCCGUCCCCGUUUACCGGCGGCUGGCUGUGCCGACCGUCGUUCAUGGGCCGGCCCACAUGCGAUUCUUCCCACACCAUGAUGCGCAUCAUCGCAAUGGCUUGCGGUGGCGCCUUUGCGGAACGCUUCAUCAGCUCCUUUACUGAGCGGGAUUCCCCUCUAAUGACCGAGGCUGAGCGCGCAAAGGUCAAAUACAAUGAUCCGAUGCCGUUGCGACCGACCGCACAGCAGAUUGACUCCCUUCACCGGCUGCAUCGCCAGAUUCACGAAUCUCUGGAGCACCGAUUCUCAACCUCGGCUCGGGACCACGCCUUCAUUCUCAAUACGGAUGCCGCCCGGGAUCCCUCAGUCUUCUCCGACUCUUGGCUUGCUUACGCUCCCAGACGGGGUCGCGGCAUGACCUUUUGGGCGAGUCGCUGGAGAGGUCUGCGUCCCGUCAUCGACCAUACCCAUCGGUUCGAAUGUCUCGGAGAAGCCUUUGGCGGCACCCGGGACUCGCAGCUGUUCCAUCUGAGAUACCUUGCCGCCAUUGAACUUGAUACUUGCCCCGGCGACUGGGCACGUCAGGUCAACGGGGCGACCUCUGAGCUCUUGAAAAGCCUUGCGGAGAGGCUGACGCUCUCGGAGGACGACGUGAUGCGAGUGUUGGACGCGAUUGAGUUUCGGUCCUCGUCCAUGGCCCUGGCUCAGAUGGUGGCCAAGGCAUUCAACCUUCCCGUACCCGACGGAGAAUCGUGCCGUUACUGGAACGACAAAAUUGACGGCGUUGAUGACGACUACUACAAGAAGCUCCAGGCUGCCUUUGGCGAAGCGCGGGACUUUUUCAGUCAGGUCGCGCUCCUUCCUAGUGAGAAGCGCCACGAAUUCAAGAACGUGCGGUUCUGGAGAGCGGCUCGAUGGCUUUCGGCCGCUGUUGCUUUGCAUUUCAAGAACGGUUCCGUCGACGACGUUAGAAAGUUUGUCUCGAAGGAUGUGGCGAGCCUGAUGGCCAAGGUCUUCGAGACCCAGAAGGCUUUGCUUCUGAAUGAUCAAGCCGUCAAUCGCGCUGGUCGGAACUGGAUUGCUGCCCUUGGACUG